UGAGCUUUGGAAAGAUGGCGACAGCGUUUGCACAACCGAGAGUCUACUGUGCCGGCGGACCGAAAGUGCUUCUUAUGGAAUAACAUCCGCCGUUUUUGCAAAGAUUUAAUGGUGCAAAGUAUGUCUAACGGUGCUUAGACAUGUUUCAGCCCAUGCACGGUCGGGAUUAAAAAGCCACUGCCUCGUUAUGGAGCCUCCGGAUCGCAACAAGCCCAGCAGGCGGGAGAACAGGGUGGAGGAUGAAUCGCAACCGAAUUGCGAUUUGGAUGAAUCCUGGGACUCUCCCAGUGACGAUGAAGAAGAGGUUGCGUAUGGUGCAUCGCCUCCAAAUACCCCCCGUCAGAUGAAGCGCAUGUCGAGCAAGCAUCAAAAAAACAGCCAAACAAAGGGUUCUGGUCGAUCACCAAACAGUAAAGCAGACUUCAGCUCUUCUGCACUGAAAGAGUUUACCCGACCUAUGGAAACACCAGAGGAACACAGCUACAGACUGGGCAAGAAACAGAGAUCGACCCAGCGGACUACAGAGAGAGACCACAAAAACACCUUUGAGGGCUCAUUCAUGCUGGAUCCGCUUUCUAAAAGUCCCUUCGGCGCCCUCAACAUGGAUCCCAGGAAGCAUUACUUGAGCUUGGGCUGCAGCAGUUGCAAGCUUCCUGUCUCGAUGCCUCACAUGCGGACCCAUCGGCAAAGCUCGAGGACAGACUGUCCUGCAGACCGCCUUAAGUUCUUUGAAACACUCAGACUGUUGCUCAAGCUCACGUCUAUGUCCUCCAAGAGGAAGGAGAAAGAGCAGAGAGGCCCGGAGAACAUGGCCUUUAUGGGUCAUAAUAACGAAGUUAUUUGGUUGGAGCUGCAAGCGUGGCACGCUCGCCGCUCCACCAGCGAUCAGGACCUUUAUCUUUUCACAGCACGCCAAGCCAUCCCCGAUAUUAUUGAGGAGGUGCUGCAAUUUAAAGUGAACUAUGAUAGCCUUCGACUGGCCUCAAGUUCAGGGCCACAAGUAUCUCAUUGCGACUGUCCAAAUGUAGAGAAUACUGGACUUGAGAAUCCACCUGCUGUAGUGGAGACGAACCACUGUGCGGUAGAUCCCUGGUGCUUCAGUGCUGCCUCCAUGACUGGACUGAAUGCUGCAGAACCUCUGGGUUCCAGCACAGAGUGCAGGGAACAUCUACAGCGGCAGAGGCUGGCGUUUGAGCAGGUCAAACGGGUAAUGGAGACGCUGGAGUCUGUGGAAGCACUGUACCCCUCUUUGCAAGCCCUGCAAAAGGACUACGACAAGUACGCAGCUCGGGACUUCCAGGGCAGAGUGCAGGCGCUCUGUCUGUGGCUAAACAUCACCCAGGACCUCAACCAGAAGCUGCGCGUAAUGGCCACUGUUUUGGGGAUCCAUGACCUGUCUCGUAUAGGUUGGCCUGUGUUUGAGAUCCCCUCACCACGCUGCUCCCGGGGAAAUGAAGAAGAUGAGACUGAAGACGAGGAGGAGGAGAAUGAUUCGACCGCCACCUUCACUGCUGAGAGUGACGGUGAGAACAGGGAGGAUGAAGACGGAGCGGAACUUGCGACGGAAGGAGAACUGUCCACCACUCUGACUCCUAAAUUUGCCCGACUGUUGUCAGAGGAAGAGUUUCUUCCGACCGCCACGGCUGGAAGUGCAGAGGCGCCUGGAGGACGAGGCGUUUUCUGUCCCACAGCUAUCUACAGACCAUUUGUGGACAAAGCCCUGAAGCAGAUGGGACUGCGUAAACUGAUCCUCAGACUGCACAAAGUGAUGGACCGGUCCCUUCAGAGGUCCCGUGCGGCUCUGCUCUGCCACACUCCUGCUUCGGAGUUUGCAGACUUCCCAGACCCUAUGUUGUACAGCGACUACUUGCCGGAACUGUCUCGGCACGUCUCCUGCAGUGGUCACACUCCCCCUGAACUGGGAGCCGAUCAGGUCUCGUGGGAGGAUCUCCUGGACAUGGACCUUCCAUCGUUCAGACCAGCGUUCCUUGUGCUCUGCAGAGUCCUGCUCAAUGUCAUCCACGAAUGCCUUAAACUUCGACUUGAACAGCGGCCUGCCGGAGAACCGUCUCUGCUCAGCAUCAAACAGUUGGUGCGCGAGUGUAAGGAGGUUCUCAAAGGUGGCCUCCUCAUGAAGCAGUACUAUCAGUUCAUGCUUCGCGGCGUAGUGACUGACGCCCAGGGUCUGCAGACAAACGCCAACAUCGAUGAGUUUGAGGAGGAUCUUCACAAGAUGCUUGAGGUGUACUUUGACUACAUGCACAGCUGGAUCCAGAUGCUGCAGCAGCUGCCACAAGCUUCUCACAGUCUGAAGAACCUGCUGGAGGAGGAGUGGAAUUUCACCAAGGUCAUCACACCGUACAUCAGAGGAGGGGAAGCCCAGUCUGGGAAACUUUUUUGUGACAUAGCAGGAAUGUUGCUUAAGUCCACGGGGGAAUUCCUGGAUGCUGGCUUGCAGAAGAGUGGGAAUGAAUUCUGGGAAAGUUCCGACGACAGCACCGUGUCGGAUGAGAUUAGGCGCUCCGUGAUAGAAACCAGUCGAUCACUGAAAGAGCUGUUUCAUGAGGCAAGGGAGCGAGCAUCAAAGGCGCUAGGCUUUGCCAAAAUGCUUCGAAAGGACCUGGAAGUUGCUGCUGAUUUCACCAUCACAAACGGAGUGACUGGUCUCCUUGAAGCGCUGAAGAAGAGACACUAUGUAAAGGUUCAGAUUCCAGGCCUGGAAGAGUUGCAAGUUUUCGUCCCCUGCGGCUUAAAGGAUCAGCGACCACUAAUUCUGCAGCUACUCAACGCGGCAGCAGGAAACGACUGCUCCAAAGAGCCUGAUGAAAUAGUGGAGGAUGAUGCCUACCUUCUCAUGAGCAAGCACGAAGCUGAAGAUUCUGCAACUGAUUCAGACUGGGCUGGGUGGGAUGGAGAGCUUCUCAAACUGGUUCCCCAGAUGGAAACCGUCGACACUCUUAGGGCGAUGAAGGUGGCAAACAUGCUGCUGAUAGUGAUGCAGUCGGCUCAUCUGGUGGCUCAGCGAAAGGCUUUCCAGCAGUCCAUGGAUGAUGUUCUCACUCUCAGUCGGGAGCAAACCUCCAGCCAGCCCCUGAUUGCAAGUGCUCUGGAAGAACUGAAGAAUGAGGCGCUGCAGCUCUGCAUAAAGAUCAACACAGCCAUCGACAGAGUGGAGUACAUGUUCACCACGGAGUUCGAGGCUGAAGUGGAGGAGUCGGAGUCGGUCACGCUGCAGCAGUACUACCGAGAGGCCAUGAUCCAGGGCUACAACUUUGCAUUCGAGUACCACAAAGAGGUGGUGCGUCUGAUGUCCGGGGAGUUCAGGCAGAGAAUCGGUGAACGUUACAUCGCUUUCGCUCGCAAGUGGAUGACGUACGUCCUCACCAAGUGCGAGAGCGGCAGAGGCACUAAGCCCAGGUGGGCGACUCAGGGUUUUGAUUUUCUUCAGGCCAUUGAACCUGGCUUCAUCUCAGCACUACCAGAGGAUGACUUCCUGAAUUUACAAGCGCUGAUGAACGAAUGUAUUGGACAUGUGAUUGGAAAACCUCAUAGUCCUGUUACUGGUCUGUACAUCGCUCCGAGAAACAGCCCUCGUCCUGUCAAAGUCCCUCGCUGUCAUAGCGACCCGUCAAAUUCCAAUCUUUUCAUCCCGAAUGCUGAAGGUUUCAGCUCUCGAAGUCUCCCCUGUGACCUCCGGAAUCAACUGUUACCUAACGGCCCUCGGGCUGUCCCUCAGGGCCCUGAGCACACCAAAGCAGCCAGCAGCAACCCCAAUGAAGUCAGGGGUUCCAGUUACCACGAGAACGACCGCCUGUCUUCAGUGGCAGCCGAGUUGCACUUCAAGUCCCUCAGUCGACACUCAAGUCCGACCGAGGACAGAGAAGAGCCGUCGUAUCCUAAAGGUGACCCUAACACUGCCACACGCAGGAGUUGGGAGCUGCGGAACUACAUCAGCCAAUCCAAGGACAUGGCUGCCAGACAAAGCCCCAUGGAAGCCGUCCGUCGAUCCAUCCGGAAGUUUGAGGACAAGCGCUACGGCAUGAUGAAGCAGCGCAACAUCAUCGGUCAAGUGUGUCACACGCCAAAGUCCUAUGACAACGUCAUGCACGUGGGGCUCAGAAAAGUGACUUUCAAGUGGCAGAGAGGCAACAAGAUCGGCGAAGGCCAGUAUGGGAAAGUCUACACCUGCAUCAACGUGGACACUGGAGAGCUGAUGGCCAUGAAGGAGAUUCGGUUCCAGCCCAACGAUCACAAGACCAUCAAAGAGACUGCAGACGAGCUGAAAAUAUUUGAAGGCAUUAAGCACCCGAACUUGGUGCGGUACUUCGGCGUGGAGCUCCACCGGGAGGAGAUGUACAUCUUCAUGGAGUACUGCGACGAGGGGACCCUGGAGGAGGUGUCCAGGCUGGGGCUGCAGGAGCACGUGAUUCGGCUGUACAGCAAGCAGAUCACGACCGCCAUCAACGUCCUGCACGAGCACGGCAUCGUCCAUCGAGACAUCAAGGGAGCAAAUAUCUUCCUGACCUCUUCAGGCCUCAUUAAACUGGGCGACUUUGGCUGCUCGGUGAAGUUGAGGAACAACACUCACACCAUGCCCGGAGAGGUCAACAGUACACUGGGAACCGCAGCAUACAUGGCACCUGAGGUCAUCACACGAGCCAAGGGUGAGGGCCACGGCAGAGCGGCCGACAUCUGGAGCCUGGGCUGCGUCCUCAUUGAGAUGGUGACCGGGAAGAGGCCUUGGCACGAGUACGAACACAACUUUCAAAUUAUGUACAAAGUGGGAAUGGGCCACAAACCUCCGAUACCAGAGAAGCUGAGCACAGAAGGGAAGGAUUUCUUGGGUCACUGUCUGGAGAGCGAGCCCAAACGACGCUGGACCGCGAGCAUGUUGCUCGACCACCCUUUUGUCAAGGUUUGUACGGAUGAAGAGUAAAGCAGCUCUUCAGGGUUCACAAAAGGACGCACUACUGUACACGCGGAUGGACAAGAAAAACAGAACUGUGGAGGUGGAGAAGGUUAGACUGAAGGCACAUGGAGUUAAACUGAGGAACUCAUCAUUUCAGAUGACCUUGAAGGGUCACGUCUUUAUGCACCGGCCGACUGAUGGGCGACGACUGUAGAUAUUGUAUGGAUAAUAUUUGGCUUUAAUUCUUGUAUAAACAAUAUUGUAAAGUAAUUAUCGCCAUGUUUGUUCUGACUGGGACGAAACCUCUGAAAAGUCAUAGAGGAAUACUUUUUAUAAAGAGGGUUGGGGGCGGGGGGGUUAACCUAUGGCACUUUUAAACUGUUGACUGGAGGGGGCAGUUGAUAGAGAAGUGGGGGGUCGGUCAGUUAACCCUCACAGAAUGGAAGGAAAAACGUGUUUAACCUUUUAUGAAUUAAAAACCAUCCGAAUAUUCAAAUUAAUUUAUCUCAUGUCGUUUGGCGAGAGUUCAGCGCAAGGAAGGAUCUUGUUUGUCUGUCGUUUCUUUUAAUGCUAUUUUAUUUGCCUUCGUUGAGAAGAGCGUGUCGAGUGGAAGCAAGUUAAGUUAGCUCAAGUGGAGAAACUAUGUGGGGGACUGGGGUCCCCCCUCGCUGCUGAACACCACACAAACAUCCACCACGCACUCUGACUCACAACAAACAGAACUGGUCCUCUGCUGCUCUGACAGUGUUGUAUGUACAAAAAAUAUUAAUAAAUCAAUCUUUUAAAAGAGCUCACUGUGUUGGAUCUUUUGGAAAUUGCAACUGUUGUUUUCCGGAACAUGUCAUUCUGUAAGCCAAAUGUUCCAAUGCAGAACAAAAGUCACAAAUGAAAUUGCCUCAAGAUAUUUCAAAGAGCAUGAUGUCUAUUGCUCCUUCAAUGAUCAACCGAUCUAACUGAAAUGUACAUUUAAGUCCUCAAAUGUUUUAAUCUCUUGCCUUGAGUCAGUGUUUGCACCUCUGUACUUCAGCUUAAAUGUCCUCUGAAAGUCUUAAACUCAAGUAUAACCAGCCAUUAG